AACAUUGUGCAUUUGCAAAAAGUUCUGUUCCAUAGCCUCCUGCCGACAGCCUUUUGCGCCGUCGCAGACGACUUCCCUCUCCCAUGCGAUCGUUCUCUCUCAUAGCCAGACGCCCCUUGCUAUCGUCGAUAUCUGCAACAGGCCGCAUCAGCACCAUCUCGCGCCACUUUUCGCUAUCAUCGCCCGCCAUGGCGCCGAUUUCCAAGGAGACGGAUUUCCUCGUCAUCGGCGGCGGCAGCGGCGGCCUUGGCGCCGCCCGCGCGGCUAGCGCGAGGUACGGGACCAAGGCGAUGAUUAUUGAGGGCAAGCGACUAGGCGGGACAUGUGUCAACGUUGGCUGUGUCCCGAAGAAGGUCACCUUCAACGCCGCUGCCAUCGCAGAGACGAUCCACCAAUCCAGGGCGUACGGCUUCAACGUACAAGAGACGGGCCCCUUCGACUGGUCCACCUUCAAGAGGAAGCGGGAUGCUUACAUCCAGCGGCUCAACGGCAUCUACGAGCGCAACCUGGCCAAUGACAAGGUCGAGUACGUGCACGGCUGGGCCAAGCUGCUGUCGCCCAACCAGGCCGAAGUGACGCUCGAUGACGGCACCAAGACGGUGGUUAGCGCCAAGAAGAUCUUGCUUGCCGUCGGCGGCUACCCGACCAUCCCGCCGCAGAUCCCCGGGGCGGAGCUCGGCACGAACAGCGACGGCUUCUUCGACAUCGAGACGCUGCCGAAGAAGGUGGCCCUUGUCGGCGCCGGAUACAUCGCGGUCGAGUUUGCGGGCAUGUUCAACGCGCUCGGUGUCGAGACGCACCUGUUCAUCCGGUACGACACCUUCCUGCGGAACUUCGACCCCAUGAUUCAGGAGGCCGUGACCAAGGAGUACGAGAGGCUGGGCGUCAAGCUGCACAAGCGAAGCUCGGCCAGCAAAGUGGAGAAGGACGAGAAGACGGGCAAGCUCACGAUCCACUACAAGGAGGGCGACAGCGAGGGCGUUCUUUCCGAUGUGGACCACCUGAUCUGGGCGAUUGGCCGCACGCCCGCGACCCAGGGCCUCGGACUCGAGGCGGCCGGCGUGAAGGUCGAUGAGAGGGGCCACAUCGUGGUGGACGACUACCAAAACACCAACGUCGAGAACAUCUACGCGCUCGGCGACGUGACGGGCCGCGUGGAGCUCACGCCGGUGGCCAUUGCCGCGGGCCGCAAGCUGGCGGCGCGGCUGUUCGGGCCGGAGCAGUUCAGGACAGCCAAGCUCAGCUACGAGGGCAUCCCGUCGGUCGUCUUUGCUCACCCGGAGGUGGGCGCGAUCGGGCUGACGGAGCCCCAGGCGGUGGAGAAGUACGGGCGCGAGAACCUCAAGAUCUACAAGACGAACUUCACGGCCAUGUACUACGCCAUGAUGGAUCCGGAGCAGAAGGGGCCGACAGCGUACAAGUUGAUCUGCGCGGGGCCGGAGGAGAAGGUGGUCGGGCUGCACAUUCUGGGCCUGGGCAGCGGCGAGAUGCUGCAGGGCUUCGGCGUGGCCUUCAAGAUGGGCGCUACCAAGGCGGAUUUCGACAACUGCGUGGCCAUCCACCCGACGAGCGCCGAGGAGCUGGUGACGCUGAGAUAGAGAUGUGGGUUGUGUGAGGAAUAGACAGGUAGAUAGCGCAUGGAUGUAGUUGAAUACCCGUUGUAUCUCGG